GGCCGGGCCGGGCCGGGCUGAGGCAGGGCGAGAGAUGGGGUGUCCCAGGCGCCUGCUGCUGGUCUCCAACUCCACCCUGCACGGAGGGGGGUACCUGGGCCACUGCCAGCAGCACAUCCAGAGCUUCCUCGGGGGGAAGGUGAAGCGGGUGCUCUUCGUGCCCUACGCCCUGCACGACCGCGACGCCUACGCCCGCACCGCCAGGGAGAAGUUUGAGAGCCUGGGUUACGGGCUGGACAGCAUUCAUGAAUCCUGUGAUCCAGUGGAAGCUGUAAGGAAAUCUGAAGCAAUAUUUAUUGGAGGUGGCAACACAUUCCGUCUCCUGAAAGCUCUCUAUGACAACAGUCUGAUACAGGAGAUCAGGAAGAGAGUUCUUGAGGAUGGGGUUCCGUACAUGGGAUCCAGUGCAGGAACUAAUGUUGCUACCAUCAGCAUCAAUACUACCAAUGACAUGCCAAUUGUUUAUCCGCCUUCCCUGCAAGCCCUAGGUUUAGUUCCUUUUAACAUUAACCCUCACUACCUGGAUCCAGAUGAUAAAAGCACUCACAUGGGUGAGACAAGAGAGGAAAGAAUUCGCCAAUAUCAUGAAGAGCCAAAUACCCCUCCAGUUUUGGGCUUGCGGGAAGGUGCAAUGCUGCUAGUAGAAGGAGACAAAGCCACCUUACAAGGAGUAACAGGAGCACGACUAUUUUUGAGGGGUAAGAAACCAACUGAACACGAGCCUGGAACAGAUUUCAGUUUCCUCCUGAUUGACAGUAAUCUCCAGAAGCUGUAGCCUUGCAUAUUCUGCAGCAGAAGUCGGCACAUGAGGAGGAAGGAAAGAGAUGCUUCUAGUCCUAGGGUGGGUGGCAAGCCUUAACUUUAUAAAUAAAGAUAAAUAUGCAUUAUUGGA